AUGAUCCCAAUUAAGAGUAUUAGAGUAGUAGAAAGGUCAUUGGGGGCGUUCGGGCUACGUUCUAUAAGUAUCUUAUCUAAAUUUAAAUUCAAUAAGAGCCGGGAUAUAUCCAAAGAAAUAUCAAAUGAUAGUUUACCGAAAGGUACUGGCAAUGGGCCUUUCAUAGAAUUACCGUCAUUCAAACCAUUGGGAAAUCCUAGUGAUUUGCUUAAUAUUACAUUGCCACAGUCAUCAAAAUUGAGUAUUAGGAAUGGUACCAUUAUAGGUAUAAAUGGGGAUUUAAAGAAUCUAACAAGUGUUCCCCAAAUAUUACAUAAAACUGAAUAUCAAGAAUUAAUGUCUAAUUCAUCUGUAUCAUUACUAAUCAAUGGAGGUAUGAAUAACUAUUCAAUAAUUGAAGUAAACAGCAUAGAGGACAAAUGGACUAUUUUGAAUGAUAAAAAUAUUAUUGCAUGGACAGGUUUUAAUCUACAAUUAGACCCGAUAGAGGUUCUUGAAAAGUGUAAUAGCUUCCAAACUAAUGGAAAGGGAAUAAUUAUAGUGAAUGGAGAAGAGCAGUUAUUCGAUAUAACAUUAAGUGCUAAUGAGCAGAUUAUAAUAAACCCAAAUAGUUUGGUUGCUUAUAACUCAUCAAUUAGUUAUGCCACUCUCAAUAGUCCUUGGACUCAACCAUUGAAUUUUUUCAGGAAGUUCCAAUUUCCUACCAUUGCUCAUUCAUCCAUCAAUAGUGUUAAAUCGUUUAUCGGCUCGCAAUAUUCAAGAAUAAUUAGUUCUCUUGGAAUUAAUAACGAAAUGAAGGUUCUAACAGGCUACUACAACUCUUUUAAACAGUUUAUAACUUUUAACGUUAUCAAUAAGUUCUACAAUAAGCCAAUUUAUUUCAAAAUUACUGGCCCUGGAAGAUUGCUUCUAGAUAAUAAUAACCAUCUUCCGAACCGCAAAAAUUUCUCUAAGAAAGAAAUUAACGAUAUCUUAAGAAACUAG